GAAUGUAUUGACCGGAUAUCCGCCUCCUCUUUGUUUAACUGACAUAACUUUACUGUCCGUUUCUUCCUGAAGUUUUAAGUCUCUGCGUUUUUUACUGAAAUAGUGAAUCAAAGAAACAUGGGUGCGUGUUUGGCGUUGGGCUCCCUCGCCAGUUGUGCAUCCUGCUUGUGUGGCUCCGCCUCCUGCCUCCUCUCGUCAUGCUGCCCUUCAACAAACAACUCCACCAUCAGCCGGCUGGCCUUCUCCUUGCUGCUGCUGCUGGGGACGCUGGUGUCCAUCAUCAUGAUUCUUCCAGGCAUGGAGGAACAUCUUAAAAAGAUUCCAGGUUUCUGUGUGGGCGGCUCGAGCAUACCUGGUGUGGAAAACAAGGUGAACUGUGAUGUCAUCGUGGGCUACAAGUCUGUGUACCGCAUGUGCUUCGCCAUGGCCUGCUUCUUCCUCCUCUUCUCCAUCAUCAUGAUCCGAGUGCGCAGCAGCAAGGACCCCCGAGCUGCCGUCCAAAACGGGUUCUGGUUCUUCAAGUUUCUGGUGUUGGUGGGUUUAACUGUGGGAGCGUUCUUCAUUCCAGAUGGCACCUUUACUACAGUCUGGUAUUACUUUGGUGUGGUGGGCUCCUUCAUCUUCAUCAUCAUCCAGCUCAUUCUGCUGGUGGACUUUGCUCAUUCCUGGAACCAGUCCUGGCUGGAGAAGGCGGAGGAUGGAAACUCCAAGUGCUGGUUUGCAGCUCUGCUGUCCUUCACCUUCAUCCACUACGCUGUGGCUUUUGCCGCCGUAGUCCUCUUCUACGUCUUCUACACCCAACCUGAUGACUGCACCGAGCACAAAGUCUUCAUCAGCCUCAACCUCAUCUUCUGCAUCAUCGUGUCCAUCGUGGCCAUCCUGCCCAAAGUUCAGGAGGCUCAGCCCAGCUCCGGUCUGCUCCAGGCUUCUCUCAUCUCCCUCUAUACCAUGUAUGUCACCUGGUCGGCCAUGGCCAACAACCCCAACCGUCAGUGUAACCCCAGUCUGUUGAGUUUGGUCCAGCCCAGCAGCACCACUCCACCACCGGGACCAGCUCCUACUCCAGCUCCAGGAAAUGUGCAGUGGUGGGACGCCCAGGGCAUCGUGGGACUGAUCAUUUUCCUCUUCUGUACACUUUACGCCAGCAUCCGCUCCUCUAACAACACCCAGGUCAACAAGCUGAUGCAGACUGAAGAAGGCCAGGGUCUUACCGCCAACUUCGAGCCGUCCCCAGUGGAGGACGGCACUCACCGUGCCGUGGACAACGAGGAGGAUGGCGUGACCUACAGCUACUCCUUCUUCCACUUCAGCCUGUGCCUGGCCUCCCUCUACAUCAUGAUGACCCUCACCAACUGGUACAAACCCAACACGGACUACCAGGCCAUGCAGACCGCCAUGCCGGCCGUCUGGGUGAAGAUCAGCUCCAGCUGGCUAGGCCUGGCCCUCUACCUGUGGACCCUGGUGGCCCCGCUGGUGCUUCCUGACCGAGACUUCAGCUAAAAAUGGGGAGAAAAAACAUUUAGCUUUAAAUAUCUUAAAUAUUGCUCCUCAGUAAAUGAUCAUUUACUGUAUUUAGCUCUUUGAGCUUUAAUCGCAUUCCAGUUUCUUUCCUUCACUGUUAUGAUUUUUACUAUUUUGAGCACUACAGGCUUUAAUGGAUAGAAACUAAAGGAAUCCUUAAUGAUCCCUGGGCUUGUUUUUCUGUGUUUAGCUCAGAGAGCAGCUUCCUACUUUAGCUGUUCUCUUAUUGUUCCUGUAUUCUAUAAAAGUGCCUUAUGUUUUUAGUUUUGCACACAAGCUGCUUCAGAGGGAGCAAUUCUCCUUUCUUUUAUGUUUUCACCAUAAAUAAUCAGGCAUGUAAUCCUGUUACAUGCUGACCGUCUUCUGUCCUGUAGGUGGUGCUGCCGUCUCUAAUAAAACUCACCAGAUUUCUAAACAGUGGUGUUUUGUUGAUGGUUUACACACCAGCUUAUUUCUUUUGCUUUUAGAAGCUGCAAACACAAAGUCAUGACUCCUGUGAGCAGGGACUUCCUCCUGUUUUACUACCCUCCCUCCGUUCAUCACAUGAUCCCACAAAAAUAUGAUUUAUGGCCUUCCCUCUAUGCAGGAUUCCCCAGGUGCAACACACACACACACACACACAUAUAAAUCUGGCUUUUAAUGCAGAGGGAUGUUUUUUUUUACCCAAUCAUGAGCAGAGCGGAGAACACAACUCUUCAUUAUUCUAUACAUUAUUCAUUUCAGGGAAGAACGGCAGGGACCGGCCUGUCAUGUUUACAUCAGUAGAGCUGCAGUAGAGCUACAGUAGAGCACCAUAGAGCUGCAGUAGAGCUGCAUCUGGUUCUCGUGCUGC